AUGGCAGACGAUAUCUCACGGGAAAGCCGUGACCGGAUUGAGAUCGAGGCCGAGAAGGAACGGAUUGAAAAUGUCGAACACAUUGCCUCACCACAGCAAGAUGGCACACCUCGGAUGGAUCCAGCACGCCGGAUAGUGGUCGAGAAGUCGCUCAAGCGCAAGCUUGAUGCCCGUUGCAGCCUUUUUGUGGCGAUCUACAUUAUGAACUAUUUGGAUCGUAAUAACAUGGCUGCUGCUCGUCUUAAGGGUCUGCAGGAAGAUCUCCAAUUGAGCAAUACCGAGUACUCAACAUGUCUGAGUAUCCUCUAUGUCGGCUACAUCAUCAUGCAGGUACCUUCCAACAUGUUCAUCAACCGCAUUAGCCGGCCCUCGCUCUACAUUUCCGUGGCGAUGCUAUUGUGGGGUGUUAUCUCCACCUUGUCCGGCAACACCAAGAGCUUUGGUGACAUGGUGGCUGUCCGUUUCCUGCUGGGCUUUGUUGAGGCAGCCUUCUUGCCCGGUGCUCUCCUCAUCCUCUCCAAGUGGUACACCCGCCGCGAAUUGACUACCAGGAAUGCCAUCUUGUUCUGUGGUAAUCUUAUCUCCAAUGCAUUCUCUGCUCUCGUUGGUGCCGGUGUUCUAUCCAACAUGCAAGGUGUCUUAGGCCACGCCGCGUGGCGCUGGCUUUUCUGGAUCGAAGGCUCGGUGACUAUGUUCCUUGCCAUCCUUGCCGCAUUCAUCUUGCCUGAUCUGCCCCACAAUGCACGCGGCUUUACCGAGGAAGAGCGCCAAGUUGCGCAACUUCGAAUGCUCGAGGAUGUCGGCGAGGCGGAUACCGACAGUGAAGAACUUGGUGCCUUUGGAGGACUCAAAAUGGCCCUUCUUGACCCCAAAAUCUACGUAAUGAUGCUUACAUUCACGGCUUAUGUUGUCGGUUUGUCAUUCAAUGCCUUCUUCCCUACGCUCACUGGUACCCUCGGAUUCGCAUAUGUCCCAACUUUGCUGAUGAGCGCUCCUCCCUGGGUUUUCUCAUGCAUUGUCUCCGUCAUCAACGCAUGGCAUGCGGACAAGACACAAGAAAAGUUCUGGCACGUCAUUGGCCCGAUAGGCAUGGGAACUGUUGGUUUCGUCAUCUGCAUGGCCACGAGCAACGUCGCAGCUCGCUACGUCGCACUAUUCCUGCAGGCUGGUUCCUACGCAGGAUUCAUUGUAUUCUAUUCAUGGAUCAGUUCCUCUUUCCCCCGCCCUCCUGCCAAGCGAGCCGUCGCCAUUGCCAUGAUCAACGCUUUCAGUCAACUGGGCAACGUUGCUGGCUCAUAUGUCUGGGAUUUGCAAGACAAUGGGUACCGCUCUAGCUAUGGAAUCGUCCUAUCUAUGUUCGGUGUCACAGUCGGCGGAUGCUGGUAUUUCCGCUGGAUGCUGGUCGGCUUGAACCACCAGCUCGAGGAGGGUGAGCUUGCCGAUGUUGCUAGGGGGGAGCCGACCGAGAAUGAUAUCAUCGAUAGCCAAGACGAGUCGCUGCGUAUGCGCAAGGGUUUCAGGUAUCUGGUUUAG